AUGAGUGUUCAGGAGGAGCUGGACGCCCUUGACAGGGUCCUCACGCGCCUGGCGUUCACAGAGGACCACGACAUGGAGGGCGUCCUGGCGAAGCUGCUGCCCGCCAUCAUCCGCAAGCUGGGCAACAACAACGAGGCGCUGACCAAGAAGUGCCUCCAGCUGCUGUCGCACGCCAACAAGCGCAUCCACGGCCUCAGCUCCAUCUCGCUCCCCCUCGAGGCCCUCGUGGACCUCUUCGUGUCCCAGCGCGGCCCGGCGGGCCACCCGCUGGUCCGCAACUUCUCGCUCGUGUACGUCGAGAUGGCCUUCCCCCGCGCGACGCCCGAGCAGCAGGCCGCAGCAACGCCGAAGCUCCUGCCCGGGUGCGCGCACGCGCCCAGCCAGCAGCGCGAGAUCGUGCUGCGCCUGGCCAUGGCCUCGAUGGAGUACCACGGCUCCUCGAAGCGGUACGUCGCCGGGCCUGACGAGGCCGUCAAGUCAGACUGGCAGACGCUGCUGUCCAGCAAGGAAGACCUGACCGUGUUCCUGAAGCGCGCGCUGCUGCUCAUGCUGUACCGCCCGCCCAAGUCCGUCCCGGUCGGCACGCGCGACGAGCAGACCGACGCCGUCCAGCUCCUGCGGCAGCAGAACGAGGCGCGCCGCAUGGGGCGCCCCCCCGUCGCGCCCGACGCGGCGCCCGCGGCCCCGCCGCCCGCGGGCGACGCGUUCGAGCUCGUCGCGGCCCCCGGCCUCACGCUCCUCGAGUGCAAGACGAUCGAGGGCAAGGGGGGCGCAAUAGACCCCCCCAAGCUACAGGACAUGAAGCUCGGCGUGCUGCAGCUGUGCGGCAUGCUGGGCGUCGCCGCGGAGGACAUGCUGACCAUCUACAUCGCCGCGGCGUGCGACCCCAUGGCCCCCGUGAGCAGCCGCGGCGAAGACCUCCUCCGCCGCGGCUGCGGCAUCGACACCCUGGCCCCCUCGGUCGACCUGGAGCGCGGCGACCUCGUCAGGCAGCUCUUCCGGCUCAUCGAGGUGCCCGGGGCGCCCGCGGAGGAGCAGCCGCCGGCCGACCGCGAGCGCGUGCGGCGGCCCCCGAGUGCCGCGCUGCACCAGCGCACGCUCGAGGUGCUCGCGCGGUCCCUGGCGGCCGCGAACACCUUCCCCGAGGCGCUGACGGCGAUGCGGGACGCGAUCGUCGGCGGCGAGGGCAACGUGCGGCUGCAGCAGGCCGGCAUGGCGUUUGCGAUGUGGGUCCUGCAGAAGGCCGACGCGCAGAAGCUGUCGGUCGAGAUGUGCCGGGGGCUCCUGCAGCACCUGCUGAACCUGCUGUCGGCGGGACACAUUGCGGGCAACCAGGACCCCGCGGCGGCGAACCUGCGCUCGUUCGCGUACCAGUGCUGCGGCCUGCUCGCGAAGCGGUGCCCGGAAGCCUUCCUCGGGGACGCGGACAUCCGCACGGACCUGCCGCAGAAGUUCUUCGCGGCGCUGCACACGGAGCCCGACGGAACGCGCACCGGCCUGCAGGAGUGCCUCUCGCUGAUGGCCGUGGCGUACGCCGGCAGCCCCGAGGCCGUCGACGACCUCCUGCCCAUGCUGGAGACCGCCGCGACGUCGGACCUGACCGCGGUUGCCGUCAGCGCCCAGCUGUGGGUGGGCCGCAUCAUGCCCUUCAAGGACCCCCGCGCGCGGCACAUCAACGUCAUGGGCGCCGCGGACAGGCGCCCGCAGCUCCGCGACAUCGUGUCGCAGGGCCUGCAGAUCGCCGCGGGCGGCCUCCGGAAGCCCGGCGCCGGCGACCCCAAAGCGGCGGGGCGCGGGUUCCCGGACCCGCUGCAGCUCGUGAAGUACUUCCACGGGAAGCACCCAAAACUCGCGCGGGCGCCCGAGGGCCACGGAGAGCCCGCACUGCACCCCGCGCAGCAGGAGGCGCUGCUGUCGCUCGCGGUCGACUCGUUCCGGAACCACUUCGGCCUCGGAGCGUCGCCGGCGGCCACUGUGGACGGGCGGCAGGGCCCGGCGCGGACGGACGCCGAAGCGCGGGCAGCGACCGAGGCCAUCUGCGGGCUGGUCGCGCACGCCGUCGGGCCCGGGACGACGUCUGCGCUGCUGUGCCUCGCCCUCGACGCGGCGUGCGCGCUGUGCAACGACAGCCGCGACGCCGUCUCGCAGACGGCGCUGGCGGUGAUGGCGGCGCUCACGCGCCCCGUGCGCGAGACCUCGCUGCCCUCCGUCAGCGCCGGCGCGCGCGUACGCGGCGCGCGUCUGCUCGGGAUCCUGGCCGCGAAGGGCCUCGGGUCGAUCAGCGAGGAGGCCACGCUGUCGACGCUGGUCGACGCCGUCAACGACGACGGGCAGGCCGCCGCGCCCGCCGCCGCGCAGUCCGGCGAAUCCUCGGGUGACAAGCCCGCCGCCAAGCGCCAGGCGGCCGCGGGGCGCCAGUUCGAGACGAUCGACGGCGCGAUGCAGUGCCUGGCGCAUGUUGUGCCGCAGCUCCACGUCGCGGGGCGCGGGGCGUCGGACGCGGUGGUGCGCAGGGCGGUGGACGCAAUCAAGGCGCGCGCGAAGGCGGGGCAGCACCAGGCCGGCGCGGUGGAGGCGCUAUCGCUCCUCGGAACGACCCCGGGGGUGUUGCAUGAGGAGGACGUCACCGCGACGGUGGACGCCGUCCUGGAGCUCCUCAAGUCCACCAACCGCGGCGAUCAGCUCAAGGCGCUGCACGCCUCGGGUCUGCUGCUGUUCGGGCACCCGCAGGCUGCCACGCUGGAGCGUUUGCUGCCGCCCGUGCGCGAGGCGGCCAGGACCGCCGAGGACGAGGCGGUGCUGCUCUCCGGCGAGGUCGCCGCCUUCGCCGUCGGACAGCUCAAUGUCACUGCGCAGGACGUGCUCUCCACGGGCCUCUCGAGCCUGGCGGAGUGGGAGCCGUACGGGCAGCUGUGGGACAAGCUCACCGAGGACUCCUCAGCCGGCCCCGCCAGCCUGCCCGCGCAGGCGCCCUCCCACGACGCGGCGCGCGAGGCCGACCGCGGCGCCGCGCUGGACUUCUCGCUCCAGAUGGCCGAGGAGAUGGCCGUGUCGCCGCGCGCUGCCGAGCGCGCCGCCGCCGCCGUGUGGCUCCAGAGCCUCCUCCGCUUCUGCGGCCCCUUCUCCGCGGCGCUGCGGGGCCACCUCGAGCGGCUCCAGGGCGCGCUGGUGUCCCUCCUGGGCGACAUGGGCGAGCUCGCGCAGGAGAUGGCGUCGCGCGCGCUGUCCCUGGCCUACGCGCUCGGCGACGACGCGCUCCGCAAGCAGCUGGUGGCCAACCUGACGGGCAUGCUCAAGGGCGACAAGGCCGUGCUGCGCAGCGCGAAGCUCGAGGGCGACAGCGAGGUGUUCGAGGAGGGCUCGAUGGGGCAGGCGCCCGGCGGGAAGGGCCUGACGACGUACCGCGAGCUGUGCGACCUGGCGAGCGAGCUGAACAAGCCGGACCUGAUCUACAAGUUCAUGGACCUGGCCAACCACCAGAUGUCGCUGCGGUCGCGGCGGGGCGCGGCGUUCGGCGUCGCGAACAUCGCGAAGAUCGCGGGCGUCGAGAUGGAGGGCGUGUCGGACGACGUCCUCCCGCGCCUGUACCGCUUCCAGUUCGACCCCAACCCCCGCGUGCAGGACCAGAUGCGCGCGAUCUUCACCGCGCUCUUCCCGGAGCCCGCCGCCGCGCUCGAGCGCGCGUUCGACCGCACCGCCGCGGAGCUGCUCAAGGAGAUGGGCGGGCGGUCGUGGCGCGCGCGCGAGAGUGCGUGCCUUGCCCUGUCCGACCUCCUCCAGGGGCGCGCGUGGGGCACCGUGCGCGGGCACUACGUCCGGGCGUGGGAGAUGGGCCUGCGCGCGCGCGACGACAUCAAGGACUCGGUGCGCGGCGCCGCGGACAGCCUGCUGCGCACCCUGGUGUCGAUCACCACCAAGCUGUGCUCCAGGGACGCGGCGAGCGGGCCCGGGAGCGCGGCGUGGGAGACGGCGCGGGAGGUGCUGGACCUCGUGCUGCCCGUGCUGAUCGACAAGGGCCUGCCGUCCAAGGUCCCGGAGAUCCAGAACGUCGCGUCGUCGACGCUGUCCAAGCUCGUGACCGGGGCCCCGAAGGAGGCGCUGUCGCCCCAGAUCCACACCCUGGUCCCGACGCUGCUUGAAGGGCUGUCGGGGCUUGAGGACGCGCGGCUGAACUACGUCGAGCAGAACGCGUCCAACUUCGGCAUCUCGUCCAGCCGCCUCGAGCAGGCGCGCGUCUCCGCGUCCAAGCGCACGCCCAUCGCCGACGCCAUCGACGCGCUGGUGCGGCAGGUGGAGAAGGGCCACCUCGACGCGCUCGUGCCGCGCCUGACGCAGCUCCUGCGGCGCGGACUCGGCCUGAACACGCGCGUGGGCACCGCGCGCUUCGUGGGUAUGCUGGCCAUGUCGCUCGGGUCGGAGCUGAAAGAGAAGGCGGGUCACCUGAUCAAGGCGCUGCUCGACGGGGUGUCGACGGACCAGUCGCAGGCCGUGCGGUCCGCGUACGCGUCUGCGUUCGCGAGCCUGUGCAAGAUCGCGAAGCCGGAGCGGCUCGAGAAGGUCGCGGGCGACUUGCGGGGCAUGUGGGACGCCGACGGCGCGGGCGGCGGCGGCGGCGGGGACACCGCCGUGGUGUGCGCGCUGGCCGUGCGCGCGAUGUCGCGGUCCGCGCCGGACGCGUUCUCGCAGAUCUCCGCGUCGCUCCUGCCCGUGGUGUACAUGGGGCAGUUCCUCGACGGCGGCCCAGCCAAGGCGCUCUUCACGGAGGUGUGGGAGGACGCGACGGCGACGCCGGCGUCCGCGAUCCGGUUCCACCUCGACGGCAUCCUCCCGCUGCUGACCGCGUCGCUGGAGUCGGAGAAGUGGCCGCGGCGGCGGUGCGCGUACCGCGCGCUCACGCACGUGGCCAAGGUGGGCGGGACGGCGCUGCGGUCGACGGGCAAGGCGCCGGAGCUGCUGCGGACGCUCGUGCAGCAGCUGCAGGGGCGCGUGUGGGACGGGAAGGAGGAGCUGCUCCGGGCGCUGCCGCACGUGCUCAAGGCGUGCGCCGCGGAGGCGGACAGCAGCGCCAUGCACGUGGACGGCGAGGACGAGGGCGUGGACACGCAGGCGCUCAUUUCGGCGCUGCUGGACGCGACCUCGAAGAAGGAGAAGGCCUUCCGCGAGGCGGCGCUCACGUGCCUGGGGGAGAUUGCCGCCUCGACGCCCACGCCCGGCGGGUGCGCGGAGAUCGUGCGCGGCGUCCUGCGCCCGGCGCUCGCGGCGCACGCCGCGACCGCCGCAGUCGCGGACGAGAAGCGCGGGGCGUCCGCCGACGACGCGGCGGCGGCUGGCGACGGGAGCGGCGACCGGCCGAAGCUGAGCCUGGCGCCCGCGGUCGCAUGCGUCAGCGCGGCGCUGCGGGGACCGGACGCGCGCAGCGCCGCGGACGAGAUCCUGGCGAACGACGCGCGCGGGCUGUGCGCCGUGGUCCAGGCGGGGGGCAGGCCCGCCCUCGAGGCGUCGUGUCUGCAGGUGCUCAAGGCAUGCAUCGACGCGGCGACGCGCGAGGAGGACGCGGGCGCGAAGGCGGCGACCAAGGAGCUCGCGAAGGAGCUGGGGACGUGUCUGGCGCGGGCGCUGCGGUCGUGGGAGGCGGGCGCCGCGGCGCUGCGGCUCGCUGCGAUCGAGUGCUGCACGUCGCUGGGGACGGCGCUCGACGCGGCGGGGCUGGCGGACCUGCACGCGCUGGUCGCGGACUCGCUGAGCAAGGUCGUGAAGGACGACGUCGUGCCGAGUAUGCGGGCGAAGGCGAAAGCGGCCCUCGCGAUAUGUUUGCCGAAGUGA